UUGUCCUCCUCCAAUCUCUACCUACAUCUCUCCACAACAUAUAGAAUCAAACAAAACAAUGGCCCCUGCGGAAAAUGGUGCCCAGCCAGUCUCCUCUUCACCACCAGCUGCGGCAGACAGCUCGUCCAACAGCAUCGUUGACGCAAUGGAAAAAGUCCAGUUGCAAGCACCCCAAUCAUCCGAAGAAAGACUUCCAGACCCAUCACGCCCUUUCAUUCUCUACACACGUCCGGAAGCCCUGCUUCUUUCCAAGUCACCGUUGGUGAAGCCGCCCGAUGGCAUGCCUGCUCUCAAAGAGUGGUUCGGCGAUUGGACAGAACAAUACAAUGCGAGCAAGAAAGAGACCGAGCCUCAAAGCACAACUACAGCGAUCAGGGACAGACGCUUUCGGCGUGACCAAGAGGAUGGAGAGCCUCCGCCUCGGGCAACCUUCCGUUCUACACUUUCGCAGCCUUCGCAAAUGGGCAACUUCAAGCAUCAAUCCAUACGUACCGCCGAGCGAGACCGUGAACGUGACGGGGAGAAGGAUAGGGAUAUUAGAGACAAGGAAGGGCAUGAGAGGCUCAGAAAUCUGUCGGACAAGUAUGACCGUGACCGUCUCGCUCUUCCCGCCAAUUCGACUCUACGAAACCGAGAGCGUGACUCUGCCCCUCAUCUUUCUCCUGGCACCACCAGGGUCUCAUCCCAGACAACACUCGGUACUAGUAAUGGACGUCGCACAGAUACAAGGGAGGUGACGAAACGUAAGCCCGGUGAAUCCAGCGAAGAUUGGCGGAAAGGUCGCGAAGAGAGAUCUGACACUCGCAAAGACCGAGAGGACCGAGACCGUCCUCGAUCUAGGGUCCGUGAUUCGUCAAAGGGCAGACGUGAUCCCUCACCCUUACCCAAAAGAGAUCGUGAACGCGACCGAGACGAUAGGGACCGCGACCGCGAUCGAUAUCGAGGGCGUGACGACGAUCGUCGUCGGACUAAGGACGACAAGGAUGAUUACGUUCGUCGGGAGAGAGACCAAGACCGUGAUACCGAAGAUGGUAGACGAUGGCGCGACGAUGGCAAGAGGGAAGAGCGUAUCGCUGCUCGUCGUGACCCGCGCGACCGCGACCCACGCGACAAGGACCGCGAACGUGACAAGGAUCGGGCUAAUGGCGAAUCUGCCUGGGAUACAGAGCGUCCACGCGACCGAGACCGUUGGGCUAACGGCGAUGAACGUGAUGCCCGCCCUCGACGAGUCAAUGGGCGACGGGGGGCUAGCCGUGAGCGCGAUGAUAAAGAAGAGCGCAGGGAGAGGGAGCGUGAGAAGGAACCGGCGUGGAUGGACACAUACAUACCUCCCAGUUCAUCGGGUGGCAUAUUGGGAGGGAGGGCUGCAGACGGCGAACUUGAUAGUAUUCAGGCUUGGAAGAAGGGGAUGAAGGAGAAGGAGGACAAGUCCAAGGGGAAGGAAAAGGUGGUGGAACAGGGCAGAGAGAAGAGCGAGAGUGACACGACACCCCAGCCGUCAAAGCAAGACGAAGCAGCAACGUCAACGCCUUCGUCUUCUGAAGGUCAAUUAGACGAAAUCCAACUCUUCAAGUUGAUGAUGAAGCGCGAAACGGAGAAGAAGAAAGGGUCUGGGUCAGAGGGUGCAACACCGGUCGCUCCACCUCCUGGCUUGGAUGUUGGGGAUACCUCAUCUCCUUCAGCAGAUGUUCCGCCCGGUGUCUCUCAACUUCCGCCCUCGUCUGAUCUCGCGAAAGUCUUUGCUUCAGCAUCCUUAACUUCCAAUUCGUCUCAACCCCUAACCUCAGCAAAUGCGUCCUCCGAACCCUCAUCUGCAAUUUCGCGCUCUAUAGUCUCCCCGACUAGUCCAUCUAAUCCUCACGAAACCCCGAUGUCUCUCGUUACUGGCCUGAAAGCAUCUACACCGUCUGCCGAAAUGCCGCCCGCCGUCGGCUCACGUUUCUUCCCCCACCCCAAUCCAUCCGAAACUUCUGCCUCCCCUAUCAGCGCUACUGAGAAAGCUCCUAGCGGCUUCAUCAAGUCUCCUGCCCCUUCACAAUUCAAUCCGCCAGUGGGCUCUCGCCUACUCUCCUUAGGCUCGCGCACCUCGUCCGCUGCCUCCAGCUCUGUCAAGGGCCCCUCACUCAACCAGGGAGCUAUCGGUACUCCCCCAAUUUCGUCCCUCAUUCCUUCGCACCAGACCCUCUCUCCUAACACAUUCUCACCCGAAGCCGCCCGCUUUACAUCGGAGGCAGAUUUGCUCAACUCACACCUGCGUGGUGCUGCCUCGGACGCCCCUCGCUCACAGUCUGCUACCUUCGAAGAACGUGAAGCUGAAGCCUACGCGCGCGCGGAGGCCCUUCGUCGUCAAACCCUCGCUUCUCUUGGAGAACGGUCUCAGUAUAGUCAACAGUCAGAGAUUUAUUCCGACUUUAGCAGCAAUGGCGGCCAGGCGCAUUAUCAGACGAGCAGGCAUAGUCCGUCGAUUGACUCGAUGUCCUCCGUGACUGGUCCAGCAGGCAUGCAACCGAAGGGAAGCCGCUUCGCUAAGUUUUUCGACGGUAAAUCUCGCGAUGCCCAAGUCCCCGGAACAAUGGGCAAGGGUCCGAUCGGUUUAGGUCACUCUUCGCCGUCUCCUGGUCCUGUUCAUCGGCAGGACUUUGGUAUGCAUGACAAUUUUGGGGCUGUCAAUAUCGCAGAAAAUCGGACCAUGGAAGAUCUCUUCGCGAUGCUUCAAAAUUCAACUCAUGGACAACGAAUCCCUCCUGCCAACCCCCUGAGCCAGCUAUCGCCCCUUGGUCACGAACAAUUCGCACGGACGCCCCAGCACCUUCAGGAAUUGCAGUUUCAUCAACAGCAGCAACAGCAGCAGUUACUGUUACAGCAGCAGCAGCAGCAGCAGCAGCAACAACAGCGGCAGCAACAGCAACAGCAACAACAGCAGUCAAACUACGUGAACGCCAGGAACCUCGAUAUUCUCUACGACAAUCAACUCGACGAUCGGAAUUUCGUCCCUGACGGCAUGGUGCCCGGUCUGCGCUCUGUCCCUCCCCCCAGGAGCAGAGACAAUGGUGGUCCCAUAUUCCAAGACCAACUCGACGACUCCAUGGCUUUCAACGUGCAGCCUCGUCUCCCCCAGCGCGGCGUAGAGCAGAUGUUCGGAGGCGGUGGAGCGCCCGCCAUGUACGCUCAGCAAGGCAAUAUGUCGCGCAACGCUUCCCUGUCCAUGCAGCAACCCUUCCGGAACGGCAACUCUCCCGUUCAAACCCCUCUUCAUGCUCCACCUCAGCAGCGUCUUCCGCCAGGUCUUGCCAACCUCGGAGGUCGCCCUCCACACGACCCGUCACAGUUUGUGAGUUCGGGGAUGGGAAUUGGUGGCGGAUUACCCGGCAACAAUGGUCUCAUGCAACCACCUUUCAACAAUCUCUCAGGUCCCGCUCCCUUUGGAGGACCGCAGAUGCGCGGACCUCCCCCUGGCGCCCAUCAGCUCCAGAACGCUUUGGGUCACAACGCACUCGCUGGACUGGGCCACCCAACCAAGAUGGACAUGCGAGGACCGACGCAGGCGCAAAUCAACCAAGCUCAGCUGUUAGGCAUGGGUAACGGCAUGGGUGCUGGUGUUGGCGGACUCAUGAGAGGACCAGGAGCCGGGUUCCCGCUGCAGCAACAAGGUCUCAAUGCACAGAUGCAAGGAACGAACAUGGCGAUGCGUCAGCAACAGCAACAGCAGCAGCAACAUCAGGUUCCGCCGCAUAUGCUCCCACAGAUGCUUCCCCCUCACUUGCAACAACAACUUCCCCCAGGCAGCACUUCUCAGCCGGCGCAUGAUCUGAUGGCGUUGUUGAUGGGUGGGCAGCGCAACUGAUUCGACUGGCGUCGGUGUUCUCCAAACGGGCAGGCGCAAUGGCCUUUCCUUCCUUCCUUCCUUCCUUUAUCCCCCUUUUCUCGUCUCUUCAUCCAUCCGUUGUAUAUAAGAUUUCUUUCCUUAAUUCGUCUUCUCUUGGAAGUUUGUUUGCUCGUCGAUUCCAUUCUCGAUUUCUCCUGUCGCCAGAAUUUCUCGACCAUUCCAUUCGUUUAUUUCAUUUAUCGUCACGUUUCCCCUCUGUGCAAGAUUUUUGAUAUCUCCGCCGUGAUCAUAUGAAUGUACCAUCUCCAUCCAAGCAAAUUCGGACUCCACCC